GUCCGGCAGUAGUUGCAAAACAGCACUGACAAGGAGUUGUGUGGAGACCAGCGAAGGGCACAGGGAGAGGCUAGUACAAUAAUAAGACAAUAUUGUUGCCUGCAAUAGUUUUUUCCCCCAAAUGAUGCUGUCAGAGGUGCUUCAGGUCCUGCGCGGGGCAGGGCGGGUGGGCGCGGCCUUCGCCGCCACGCAGGGGGAGCAGCUGAGGCUCAUGGCCUGUAACUCCACCCUUGGGGCAGGGAUCAAGGUGGUACAGGAGGCCGUGGAGAGUGUGGUCGGCAUGGCGAUGGGGAGCACUGGGACUCCUAAGCCAGUGGACUUCCCUGAUAGUGAGGGAUGGGAGGAGAUGGAGCAGGACGAGGCCGCCAAGUGGGCCAUGGGCUCCGAGAUGCCCCCUGAGUUUACCGGGCAGGAGAUGCCGGGGCCCCAGGAGGGCGUGCGGGACCAAGAGGCGCCCAGCGAGCCGCUGUCCCACGGGGCCGCUGGGUGGGAGGUCCCUGGGGGCCCGGGUGGUCCGGGGGGUUUGGGGGGGCCGGGGGGCCAGAGCAGCAGGUUCCUGCACUACUCCUCCGCUCUGCGUGGAGCCCGGUUUCUCCACGACUCCGCGGUGGGCAGGCUGACCGCAGAGGACAUUAAGAAGGCCAGAGACUCCAAACAGGCACCCGACAGAGUGGUUCUUGCCCGACCAAUCAGACAGAAGCUGAGCGACCGUGCGAGAGAAAGGAAGGUUCCUGCCACUCGCAUCAGCCGGCUCGUUAAUUUUGGAGGUUUGGCUGUUGGGCUGGGUCUUGGAGCCAUUGCAGAGGUGGCUAAGCAGUCCUUUGCAGGCAAACGUGGAGAUACGCGUGCCCUUCUGGACUCCCCUCUCCUGUCGGAAGCCAACGCCGAGAGGAUCGUCCAGACCUUGUGCAAGGUGCGGGGUGCUGCGCUCAAAAUCGGCCAGAUGCUGAGCAUACAAGAUAACAGCUUCAUCAGUCCCGAGCUGCAGAAGAUCUUUGAACGGGUCAGACAGAGUGCUGACUUCAUGCCCACCUGGCAGAUGAAUAAAGUUCUAGAGCAGGAGCUGGGUCCAGACUGGAGGGACAAGCUGGCCUUCUUCGAGGAGAAGCCCUUUGCGGCUGCAUCGAUCGGCCAGGUGCACCAUGCCGUGCUUCACAAUGGGAAGGAGGUGGCCAUGAAGAUCCAGUACCCAGGGGUUGCUGAGAGCAUCCGCAGUGACAUCAACAACCUGAUGUCCGUGCUGAAGAUGAGCGUGGCGCUCCCGGAAGGCUUGUUUGCGGACAGUAGUCUAGAGGUCCUUCAGAGAGAGCUUGCCUGGGAGUGCGACUACAAGAGAGAGGCAGAAUGUGCCAAGCGGUUCAGGGCCCUGCUGGAGGGGGACCCCUUCUUCGAGGUGCCCGAGGUGGUGGACGACCUGACGAGCACCCGGGUCCUGACCAUGGAGCUGGUGUCCGGGGUGCCGCUGGACGGCUGCGUGGAGCUGGACCAGGAGACCCGGAACCAGAUCAGCCACAACAUUCUCCAGCUGUGUCUGAGAGAGCUGUUCGAGUUCCGCUUCAUGCAGACGGACCCCAACUGGGCCAACUUCUUCUACAACGCCGAGCGGAACAAGGUGAUUCUCCUGGAUUUUGGAGCCUGCCGAGAUUACCCAGUGGAGUUCACCGACCACUACGUAGAGGUCGUGUACGCUGCCUCUGUAGGAGACCGGGAGACUGUGCUGCAGAAAUCCACAGACCUCAAAUUCCUCACUGGAUUUGAAACCAAAGCGUUCCAGGAGGCCCACGUGGAGGCGGUGAUGAUCCUGGGGGAGGCCUUCGCCUCCCCGGACCCCUUCGACUUCGGGACCCAGAGCACCACCCGGCGGAUCCAGGACCUGGUCCCGGUGAUGCUGCGGCACCGGCUGACCCCCCCGCCCGAGGAGAGCUACUCCCUGCACCGCAAGAUGGCCGGCUCCUUCCUCAUCUGCUCCAAGCUGGGCGCCCGCAUCGCCUGUCGCGACAUGUUCCGGGACAUCUACCACGCCUACAACGACAGGCGCCUGCAGAGAGCGGCCUAGAUGUGGGGGGG